CGGAUUCGCUACUCUACAGCACAGCACAGCACACAGCUGAAUCACGAAUGUCAACUUUUUUCGGUCUUGCAGAAUGGCCUGCGUUUUCCUGAUCCCUUGAUUAAUUUUUACCCCAGUCUAUGUUGUGGUGAGUAAACGGCGCGGUGCGCGUGGGUGGGGAUCGCUAUCUUAUCAGCGCAUGCAAACACGUUCCAACAUGCGACCGUGCAUUUGUUGAUUUUGGAACGCUGCUGGUGCAAGUGGCAUUCCAGCGCGUUCAGCUCUUCGUCCUCAGCGUUUUGGUGAUUGUGGAUGUCGAUCUGCGUUGGGGGGCGACUGCAGGCAGCGAUUUGUGGGGACCACGUGGAUCUCCUCUGCUUUGUUUGUGAGUUUGGUGAGGAAUCUGAAGGACGAAAGUUUCGUGUCUCUGAUGCCUGUGAUGGAUCUCGCGUGUCUCGGUUGGUGAAAUAAUUGACGGUGUGCCUGGAAGGUAUGAAAAUGGAGAAGCCGGGCGGGAAGGUGAGCCGGAAGAAAACGGUGGUUAUCUCCUCGCGCAAAUCCCCCGCCAGCAACACAACCACCGCUGCUGCCGCAUCAACGUUGACAGCAGCGACGGCCGGGAAAACGGGAAGUGGUGGCGCGAUUUCCGACAAAGUGGCGAAUCAAAUUCCAACCGGAAGGAGCGGUCCGGUCGGGGCCGGGGCCGGGCAGGAUGGGAGCAGCGCUAAUAAACUGGAUGCCGGUGCGGCGGCGGCGGCCUCCGCCGAGCCGGCGGCGCCGCGGGACUUUACGCGGCGCAAAUUCAGUCGCCCGCGGAUGAACCACCAGGCCGAGGAGCUGCUCAUCGACCCGCUGCACAACGGAUUCGCCAUCGUCAGUUUCGUCACCAAGGAGGAUCUCGAUACGUACGAGCGCCUGCGCCGCAAAGAAGACGAAGCCAAGAAGAAGAAGAAAGACGAACCUCCCAAAGUAACUCCCCAGGACGCUGAACCCGCGGCGCCGCGUCCCGCCGCCAAGAAACCGGCUCUGACGGCGACGCCGACGCGGGAACUGCGACCGCGCCGGAAACCCGGCGAACGGCGACUGCGCGAAGCGGCCAAGAAGGCGCGCAGCAUCAACUACCGCGAGUUGGAGAGCGAGGACGAGGUGGACGACAGUUCGUCCAGUCCGGAGGAGGAGGAGGACGAGGAAGAAGAGGAAGACGACGAGAUGGGUGAGGACCGCAUCGCCGUGGUCAAUGCGAACCGGCGGAAGGCCAAGAAAAAACCGCCCAGUCUCAGCCAGUUCGGAUCCGAGGCGUCGGACGCGGAUGCGGAGACGGAGAGCGUGCUGACCGUGGGAGCGCCGGAGAAGAAGCCCGAAAAGUGCAGGAAGAAGGAGAACGGGGUGGCGGAGCGGAAGAGCGGUGCUCCCUCGACAACCGAGAAGAAAGCGUGCAAAGUGUCCGCCAAGAAGAAGAAGAAGCCCGAGUGUGAUGCAGGGGGCGGUGUGAAGACGGCUGCGAGUCCCCUGAUGCAGCCGGUGGAGCUGGCCAAGGAGGACGUCAAGAAGGAGGACCCCUUUGACUUUGACGCCAGCCAUCCGCGGGACGACGUGGUCGUCGGUGGAGGAGGAGGUGGAGGGAAGCACGAGACGCUGCUGGCGCGUUUGACGGCCAAAAGCAACUGCGCCACUACCCCGCUGCCAACGCGUGAGAACAAGGACAGCGUGUCCCCCUCCGUGACGCCCAGCAUCCUCCCGCUGGAGGUCAACAUUACCAAGAAACCCGAGUCCAGUCCCUUCCCCUCCAGCUCGCAGGAGCCGCAUCGCGUGCUGGCCGACUCCAGCCAGAAGCCGCAACAGCCCGACACCAGUGCGCUGGUCGGCAGUCCCGCGGUCGCCCCCGUCGCGCCGCCCACCAGCAACAGUUUCCCGGUAACGAAACCGGAAGUGAGCCCGCCCGUCACCGUCAACACGGCUGCCUCGGCGUCGCCGGCGCAGCGCGAUAAACUCGGCGAGGGACGCGAGCGGGACCGCGAGAAGAGCAAGCACCACCGGCACAAGGAGAAGAAGGCCUCCCGCGAUCGGGAACGGGAGCAGCGACGGGAGAGCCGAGAGAAGGAGCAUAAGGAGAGCGGGAAGAGUGAGCAUAAGGAGAAGAGCGAGACGCCGGCCCAUGUCUCCGUCAUAGCACGAGCGGAACCCCUCCGGCACGCCAGCCCGCAGGUCUCGAGCGCGGCCCCCGCCCCGGUGUCGCUGACGCCGCAGCGCAGCGCCAGCAGCAGCCUCUUCAACCCGCUACUGCACUCGCCCAACCCCGUCAACCCCCUGACGCCGCACAUCUUCCACUCGCCCCCGGUGGCCCCCCUGUCCCCCUCCUUCCCCCCGCAGGGCGGCGGUCCCGGCGGCAACAGCCACGGCCUGGGCCCGCUGUCCUCCGUGGCCUUCUCGGCGGCCGGUGGUGGCGGACCGGCGGCGUCCUCGCGCUGGAGCAUGUUCUCCUCGCCGCUGAUGGGGCUCGGAUCCAAUAUGAGCUUCGCCGCCGCCAUGUCGGCCAAUCCCAUGGCCAUGCUGGCUUCCGGUUUUGACAGGCAGACCGGUUUCUUCGGGUUCCCCUCGCUGCCCGGCGGCCCCGGCGGUCUGGCCGUCAGCACGCCCGGUCCGGCCUUCCCCGGGGGCGGCGGGCAUUCCUUCCUCAGCACUUCCGGAGUGGCGACAUCCAUGCCUUCCUUCUCAUCAGGCUUGCCAGGACUGCCGGGCUCGAUGCCGGGAUUCCCGGUGCCGGGGCUUCCGCACGGCCUGGCCAGCCCGCCUAACCCCCUGACGGGCGGCGGCAUCCCCGGUCUGUCGCUGCCGCCGCCGCCCAGCGCCGUGGCCCCGCCGCCGCCCAAACAGCCGGGCAAGUGGUGCGCCAUGCACGUGCGCAUCGCCUGGGAGAUCUACAACCACCAGCGCAAGCAGCAGCAGCAGAACGACAACGCCGCCGAGGCGCUGCGCCUGGGCGAUCUGUCGGCCGCCGUGGCCAGCGGUCGGCCCGGCCAGGAGCUGCCGUUGUCGGCGCGCGGCCUGGCCCUGCACAUGGGCGCCCUGCCGCCGCCGCCGUCGCAUUCCCUGUCGCUGAGUCUUCCCACGCCCGCCACUUUCGCAUCCAGUUAUUUCGCCCGGCCGGGAAUGCCGGGCGCGGAUCUGGCGUCCAGUCUGUUGCAGCCCGGUGCGGCCCGCAUGCCCAGCGGAUGGCCGGUAAGGCCGCCCUUCUACGGCCUUCCCCCGCAGCUCAGCGGACUCCCAUUCCCGACAUCCAAUCCGCUGAUGGGCGGGCGCGAGAUGAACAUGCUGCAGUCCAGCCUCUCCAACAGCCUGUCCAGCCCCUCGGCGGCGGCCCUCCAAGACGCCUGGCGGCGCCCCAUGGCCUUCGGGGGCCUGGCCAGCCACUCCCCGCACACGGGGCCAGCCAGUCCUCCUCCCUCAAAGAGAACGGCGAGAAGAAGCCCCCCGCGGCCCCCGAGGACCCCCCGCGCCCCGACAAGCGCCCCUCCGACGCCGACACCCGUGACCUGCGGGAACCCAAACGACGCCGGACACCCGCCGAGCACCGGCCCCUCCGCCAAAGCCAUGGAUCUCCGCAACCCCCGCAAUCCGCCCACCCCGGAGCGGAAACCGCCGCCGGCGGACCUCCCGGGCCCCGGACCGGGCUUCCCGACGUUCCUGUCCUCGCAGCUGAACGCCGCGUCGGCCGCGUCCAUGUUCCCGCCCUUCGCCAACAUGUGGCCGCCCCCGGCCACCGCCGACGUCUUCUGGCGGUCGCGGGUGGCGUUGGAGCGCGAGCGGAUGGAACGGGAGAUGCUGCGAUUACGUAACGGCCUCCCGCCCCCGGGGGGCGCCGGCGGCGGGCCUCCGAUGAUGGCCAGUCUCCUGCGGGCGCCCUUCCCGGAUCUGUACGGGAUGUCCCUGCCCCCCGGGGUGCUGGCGACCCCCCCGGGACUGGGGAUGUCCGGGGGCCCCGCGGCGCCCCUCCCGGUCAACGGGACGGGGGGCGGGGCCACCGGGAAGGAGUCCCCGGCCACCGCCACCGAUUUAUCCCGCGGGAAGUCCGGGUCUAGUCAGUCACGGGAGCGGGAGCGCGACCGCGACCGGGAACGGGAGAAACGCAAGGAACGCGAACGGGAACGCGAACGGGACGGCGCCGGCUCGAAGGAACGCGAGAAAAGUUGA